AUGACAAGCCAUAUCGAGCCCGCCAGCCUUGCCGCAACGCAGGAUCUUACCAGCCUCGAGGAGCUCUCAAGCGAAACAAUUUGCGAGGCUCUGGCAGCUCGCUACGCGCACGAUGAUAUCUAUACAUACGUGGGUGACAUUCUGGUCGCGCUCAACCCCUUUCGUAACAUCGGCAUCUACAGCGAGGCUGCGCACGCCAACUACACACACACGGCUGGUCGGGAUCUUGCGCCACACAUCUUCGCUUUAGCAGACCGUGCAUACAGUUCGCUGGUCAGCCAGAAUCAAUCGCAGGUGUGCGUCAUCUCCGGCGAAUCAGGUGCCGGCAAAACAGAAACAUCAAAAUACUUUCUGCAGCACGUCAUCUACUUGGCCAAUCACCAACGUCCUGGCGCUGCUGCCUUUCAUGACAUUCAUCACCGCAUCAGCCAAACUUCGCCGAUCCUCGAGGCUUUUGGCAACGCCAGCACAUCAGCCAAUGCCAACUCCAGCCGCUUUGGCAAAUAUCUAGAACUCAAAUUUGACGCCAACUGCGUGCUCGUUGGUGCGACGCUGCGACACUACUUGCUUGAACACAGCCGUACCGUGGCGGGCGUGACUGGCGAGCGUAAUUAUCAUGUUUUUUACUACAUGUAUGCCGGUCUCUCAGCAAGCGAGCGUGCCCAACUGGAGCUGCCUGAUCCCAACCUGCAUCGGUUUUUUGGCGAUGAGGUCCCACGCCUUGACGAUCCGGAGGCGGCAAAGGCUUGGCAAAACUUGCAGAAAUCCUUGCACGACGUUGGGCUAACCCAACACGCCGUCCAUGAGCUGCAGCGCAUUUUGGCAGCUGUGCUGCACACCGGCGAUAUUGUGAUUGAGCAAGACAGCAACGACGAUGCGCAAUUUGACAACGUGGCGACGGUUGGCAGGAUUGCGAGCCUAUUGGGGGUUACCCUCGGCUCGCUGGCAGAAGCUCUCUUGAAGGCCCGCAUUCACAUUCGCGGUGAAACGUAUCACCGUCCACAUACGCAACAUGAAGCCGAACUUGUGGUUGAUGCUCUAGCCAAGGCGCUCUACGGCCAUCUGUUUGCUUGGCUCAUGCAAAACCUGGACACGUUGCUGACGCCCACCCAGCCCGCCACCCGUACAGACCUCGGUAUCGGCAUCCUAGACAUUUUUGGGUUUGAGAAUUUCGAGCGAAACAGCCUCGAGCAGCUGAUGAUCAAUUUUGCCAACGAACGACUUCAAUUUUAUUUCAAUGAGGUCAAGCUCUGCGACAUGUGCAUUGUCUUGCACGAGUGCAGCCGCAUGUACGCCCUCAACAUCUUCAGUAACGAGCUGCAGGAUCUGCAGGCCGAAGGAAUCGGCAUCGACGACCUACAGUUCCAAGACAAUCUUCCCACUCUUCUGCUCUUCUACGGCAACAAACCACAGCCUGGGCUUUUGCAGUUACUGGACGAGGAGUCGCGUUUCACGAGCGCUACGGAUGAAACCCUGGUUGUUAAGCUGAACAACAUCUUGGGAAGUGAUCCAGUCUACCUCACCUGCAAACACGCUGAUCGCUUUGGUGUGCGGCACUUUGCUGGUACCAUUACUUACGAUGUGCAUGGUUUCUUGGCCAAAAAUCGUGAUCCUUUGUCGCCGGCUAUGCUCGAGGUCUUGGCCUCUGGCAGCAACGUGGUGCUGGAGGAUAUGUUUGGACUGGGCAGCGACAAGUUUGCAAACGAAAGUUUGCCUCAGUCGCGAGCCGUGUCUCGUCAAAAGCGACGCUCAAGCUCAGCUGCAUUGCUGCUACCCGCGCCCGGCCGUCGGAGUGGUCGAGCCUCCCAAAGCGGCAGUCGCUAUGACCUUUUACCCUCCCAGCCCUCACAGACCAGGCUUUCAAAUGGCAGCAACGAGGUGGGGACACGACGUGGCUCAGCCAUCAGCUUGCUUAAUUUGAUGCGCCCUCGGCGUUCUUCGUACAACAUUACGACCGCACCUCCUCCUGUGGCUGAGACCGCAAGCGCAACGCGUCGCCAUCUGCAAGCAUCAGGGAGCACCACACUGAGUGGCCGCUUUGCGACCUCUUUGGACGAGUUGAUUGAACGGAUGCAGCGCUGCAACCCGCACUUUGUGCGCUGCAUCCGUUCCAAUGCGGCGUGUGAAGCAAAAGUUUUUGAGCGUGCGCUGGUGUUGAAGCAGCUCAAUUACACCGGUGUUUUAGAGACGACGCGUAUUCGACGUGAAGGCUACUCGCACCGCAUUGUGUUUGCUGAUUUUGUCCGACGCUACCGACACAUUGGCUUUGCCCAUACGACUCAUGUCAAAGCCAACCCUGAGGCUUGUCGUGUGAUCCUGCAGGCUGCUGAGCAGUUCCUUCGGACACAAAAUGAACAGGCCGAGCAACAAAAACGCCGGGCUCUGGCCAUGACGUUCUUCCAAGAGAUGCGUGGUGUGAGCAAAGUCAUCUUUCAAUCGCUAGUUGCACUUGCGGACGCCGAUGGCGAGCGUGUGUCUUUGGUACAGGCUCGCGCCUCCGCCCAUCGUGACCGACAACGACAUAAAGCCAUCAACAAGUUUGAUCGCAAGGACUUUUUCAAGUCAAUCCACAAGUCUCGCCGUGACGUCGAAGGAUGGUGGCUUCGCCAUGAGCACCCACUCGGUAAUCAUUGCGACGCUGAGUUUCAGGUCUAUUCCUGGUUCCAUGGCUUGCUGGAUCGUACCGGGGCUGACCUGCUACUGGAAGAUACGGAGGAUGGCACAUUUCUGGUGCGCGUUUGCCAAGCGUAUCAUGGCUACGCCCUGGCCAUGAGAACACCGACGCGCACACAGCACUUCAAAAUAGAACUGAACACCACGACGCAUUGUUACGCCGUCUCAGGUCACCCAGAAUUGUCAUUCGACAGCUUGAAUAAGCUCAUUCAGCACUUCAAACAGCAGCCCAUCGGCAACUUUGAGCUGAAAGCUGCCUUGGCCUGCCAGCACCCCUAUCAACUUGGUGACUUGGACGUGCGCAUUUGCAACGGAGUCGAUACAUCCCUCACACCUCAAAGCGUGGCCAAGGCUCGCCCAAAGCCGGUCAUUGACAUUCAGGUCGAAACGUCAUUGCCAACACCCCCGCAGCCGUCACCGCGCCCCUCGCUUGCAAAAACAGAGCCUGUUGUCCAAAACACUUUGACCACAUCGGUGCCGACUCCAGGUCCCAAUUUCCGCCCCGAGUCCGAAUAUCAGGUGCCCGUGGGGGUGGGUUCACCGCCCUCGGCUACCACACCGCCUCCGGCUGUGACACCACCCAUACCUGGGCCCGUCUCAACGCUACCCGGGAUCAACUUGCUGGCAGUUGGUGGAGUUUCAACGCCUCCCAAUGUUGACGUACGGCAAUUGCGUGCGCUGGGGGGCAUCAUCGAAUUUGAUCCCAGCAAGUAUCAAGCUGCCGGGCCACCUAUGCCUGAGACGAUGUACCUGGACACAAGCUGUCCCAAGCCCCAGUGGCUACGUGGCCGAAUCAGCCGUUUUGAUGCCGAGCGCGAACUGCGCCACCGCAUGCACUUGGACGGCAUCUUUCUUGUGCGUGAAAAGGCUGUCACGGAAACGCAGGCUGUCUUUGCCCUUUCCCUGGUUUACGGUCGCCAAAUCGAGCAUCACCUCGUGAUCAAGACUCGCGAUGGCCCGUGGCUGCUAGACAACUACCCGACGGAGCAAAUGGGCAACCUCAACCAAUUUGUUGACGCGUUGAGCACUGUCAAGGAUCCUGGACUCAUUUGCCUCUUGCGCCCCUUACUGUGGAGCCUGCCACCUUCAACGCACUCGCGCUCGUCCUUUGCUUCCGACGUGCCCAUGUCGGGCAUACCGUCCCCUGAUUCCCCCGCUGCGAGUCGAGCGCUGCCAUCCAUUCCUCACGAAGCGGUGGCUGGAGAGCCCCUGGGUAUUUCGAUCAUGCCCUCGCUCUCAGCUUUUGAUCGCUAUAGCACGGAGCAGGUGGUUCAAUGGCUCAACAUGCAUGACCUGCAUCGCUUUGCCGGUCAAGUUCGACGAAAGCACAUCACCGGUCAUCGGUUGCGUAAUAUGAGCGAUACAGCCCUUGCUGAGCUCUUUGGGGAUGAUGACAGCCUUCUUCACAUCGUGGAACUAUUCAGUCGCAUGGCUAAUCAGCACGACUCGGAAAGCCCACCCGUACCAGCCCCUCGAUUAUCGUUGGGAGUCAACAGCAACGGCUCGACAUCAUCAACAGCCGCGCGUGCAUCUGCACAGGAGCGAAGAAGCACUAUUUUGACCACCCAGCAACCCCACGUCUUUGUGCCCAAACGUGGCUUCCUGCGCGCCCACCCUGCAGUCCGUCUGCGCCGUAUGUGCCGCAAGGGAAAUCUGCGCGGCAUUGAAAAGUGGCUGUCGCAUUUUCCAAACAUGGACGUGGACUCGAUUGAACAGGAGGGCGAUUGGAAAACGCCUCUUUUCGUAGCAGCAGAAAACGGGCAUCUUGAGGUGGUCAAGUUACUAUUGGCCCGGGGAGCAAAUCCCUUCAAGCUCUCGCAGCACCGAUUAACAGCUAUGCGAGCUGCCUUGAACAACAACUUUACAACCGUGGCCAGCGUGCUGCGUGAUGCCAUGCAGGCGGAGCGUGCAGCACUAUUGCCACCACCACCGGUGCCAAAGCGCACAUCUCUGGCUGAGGGAAUGCCCACGAGGCAGCCGGCCCGACCCUGGUCCUCCACCGAGUCUGCGGACGACUGCUAUGUCGCGCCCCACAGCGUCUCGACCAUCAUGGAAAGAAAGGAGGAAGAAGAAGCUACAAGUCGCUUGAGUUCGCCCGUGCCCCCUUCACCGCCUGUUCGAAACUCAGUGGGUCGACCAAUGAGCAGAGAAAGCAACAAAAGUGCACUGGCCCUGGUGCAAAAUUCGGGCUCUCGCCUGUCCAUACCUUCAUCGUCAGCGCCCUCGGACGGAACGGCCAGCAGGCGAAUGAGUCGUGAUCUCCGUACGCCACCGGUCGUGCCCCCGCGUCGGCGACGGCGUAGUUCCAAUUCAGCCACUCCUGCGGAAUCGCCCGCACAUUCGCCCGUGCCUCCCAGUAAAAAUGACCUACGAUUGCCCACGGUGGCGGCCCGCCCCUUCAACGCAUCAGAUUCCGAGGUCAACAAGCCGUGUUUAUCAGACCCCAUCCCCCCGUCUCUCGGACUCGGUGCUAGCAGCUUCUUAUCCAAUUCAGUGCCUUCAGUCCCGCCACGCGUGGCGGGAAUGAUGGGUGCCCCAGACGAUUGCACACGGGAUUCUGGAUACGUCGAUACUCGCGAGGCGCGAGCUGCAAGUCGACAAGCCAGCUUGCCAUGA